AUGAAGUUUCCUAGAAGGAGGUACAUCAAGGGAAAAGAAAGAUACAUUGAUGAGUUUUGUGUGCAUGAUAUUGAUGAUAUGAUGGAGACCCUAGGUUGUGUUGAGGAGGGUAAGUUGCUUUAUUACAACUUCAAAAGACCCUUUUCAGAUUUGGACUUUGGGUUGUUUGCAUUGGCUAGUAACAUUGACAUUAACCAAUUGGGUACAUACGUGGGUAAACAUAAACUGAUUGAAGUUUAUGUUGAACAUGAUAUAGAGUGGGUGGGUGAAAUUGGAGGGUCAAAUGUCAAGGAAACAGAAACAAGGGAAAUUGAUGAUAUUGGGGUUGUAAACAAUGAGGUAUUCUUAUAUGAGUCAUCAUCUGAUGAAGGUGGGAGAAAUAGGAGAAGAAAGUCAAUUAAGCCAAUCCGAAGGGCAAUGGAAAACAGUGAAGCAAGAAUUAGUGAUCCAUUCUAUGUGUACCAAAAAUUCACCUCAUCUGAAUAA